AGAGAUUGAGAAUAGAGGAGGAGCAUCUAACAAACUGGGAGCAAUCCUUUGGAAAUCGAGAAAAAAAGAAGAUGGAGAAUGAUAGGUUACCAGUUUACAUACAACUGGUCAAAUAUUCGGUGGUUCUAAGCUUUGCGUACUGGAAACGAGGAGAUUAUGUAAGGGCUAUUGAAGAAAAUAAGGAUGCAAAGACAAUUUUAAAAUUUUUAUGGAAGUUACACCGCUCUUGUGUGAUUCCACCGCCUCUAGCGAAAUCUUCUACUAAUGAUGGAAUACUUCCUGAUAAAUUAAUAAAAGAAAUUCUGUUAAGGCUUUCUGCGAAGAAUCUCAUGCGAUUGAAGUCUGUUUCCAAAAAAUGGCAUUCCCUUAUCAACUCCCUCAUCAACAAUCCUUACUUCUCGAAAUUGCAUCAAAAAAGGUCCAAUUUGAAGUUGAACGAUGAAGUCGAAAUUUACACUGAAAUAGGAGAAAACAUUUUUAUCUUUUUAGAAAAUCAAAAUUAUGCUGCUGCCUAUAAGGAGAGUUGCCGCUACAACGAGUGUUUAAAGGCGAUACCAAAAGGUUUCACUUUUGAUCGUGGUUCACGUCGUUCCGUAUGUGCUUCUGUUAGACGUCGUUUUUCUCUUUCACGUCAUCGUACUACUCGCUAAUUCCAUCCCUUUUCUAUGUUAACUUUGUUUGUUCUCCGUCAUUUUCUUAAAUAAGAGGAAGUAGAGAUAUAAACUUUUGU